AUGCAAAUCAAGUCUUUGCUGCAGAAGACGGUCAUAAGCGCCACAAAUGGACACAACAGUCACCGCCACUACAUCGCCACCGGUUCCGCCACCACUACCGGUGCGGCCACACAGUCGGUGCCCACCGAAGCCAAAGUGAUUAUCUAUGGCAACGACUUGACCGCAGUGUCCAUCGCCUACCAGUUGUCACAAUUGCCAGACUUUGGCCACAACUGCAUCGUUAUCACCGGCAAUAAGUCCAACACAACCACACAUAUGAUGGACACGACAGUGACCGGCCAUCGCACCAUUAACUCGAGUCUCUUGAAUCACAUGAUUGUCGCCAACCCAAGAGUCUCGCAACUGAUUCAAUACAGUCGACAACUGUUUGACGUGACUUCUUGUGGUGCGCUAUAUGUGGCGCACAAUCCCUGGACUCUCGACUCCUUCCGGCGCCGCAUCUCUUCAGCCAAACUCGUGUUCACUGGCGAUGACCCCAAAGGACAGGCCAUCGACUUAUUAACCAAAGAGGAGAUCCAGAGCCGCUUCGGACAGUAUCUCAAUUGCGAUCAACUCUUAGGCGGUAUUUAUGUGCCAAACGAUGGCAUCAUUGAAGACAUCGGUGGACAACAGCGCAGACUCUGUGAGAUGGCGGCUAAGAAUGGCAUCAAAUUUAUGGAUAAUUUACUCUUAAAUAAGAUUAACAUAAAUAACAAUAAGGUCUCAAACGUAGAGCUCAUUGAUUGUCACACCAAUCGUAUUAAACGUAUUGAUUGUCAGUAUUUCGUCAACUCUGCCAACAAUUACUUGACUCGACUUAUAGCCAAACGGUGUCCCACGAGGGUUAGGAUACCCACCCUCUGUGUAUACAAUCACCUGAUGGUCACUAAACCGUUUGAUGGUCUGGUGGACAGCAGUGGUAGUGAUAGUGUUGUUCCCAUAAUCCAUGACUUCGACCAGAAGUUUACGGUUUAUCAGACGUCCGACCGAUCCCUAUGUCUAACCGGUUAUGAAAAAGUGUCAAAAAUUCUUCAGAAAAUUUUGUCGGAAAACGACAGAAACGGAGGACUGAACACAGAGUUACCGGAAAUACACGAAAAUUGGGACGACUUUUAUCGCAUAUUGAAGCCAAUACUAGAGCGCAUACCGGCGCUGAGCGCCGCCAAACUCCACAAACUGGUCGCUCGACUCGAGAACUUCACGCCCGACGGCCGCUCACUGAUCGGCGAAGUGCCAGAAAUUGGUAACUAUUUGUUGGCGGCGGCCGUCGCACCGCAAUUGGCCGCCGGCGCCGGGCGUCUCAUUACAGACAUUAUCACCAAAAAUGGCAAUUCGUUUGGUCACGACUUCUGGUCAUUAGAUCCGCGGCGCUUCAUAUCGUCGCAAAGCAAUCGCAUAUAUCUGUUCGAUCGGCUCCGGGAGGUGCCCGCGAAGGCCAGAUAUAAUAUCAAUUACCCGGCGCCUCAUAACGACUACGAGACCGCACAUGGACUCCGAACGAGUGCACUGUACCCCCGGUUCAAACAGGCCGGCGCUCUAUUCCAACAGAUUAUGGGCUAUGAGAGGCCGGCCGUCUAUAUGGGAUCCACAGACCCGGAUGACUAUCAGGACUACCAGUCCGGUCUGUCUGACAGUGAGACCCAUUCUGCCACUGAAUCACUGAAACACAGGUUUCUGGAGACCCAGUCUUUCGGUCGUCCGCAUUGGUUGGAAGCCGUGCAACAGGAAUACCAGGCCUGCAGGGAAAGGGUGGCUCUUCUCGAUUACUGCAGUUUUACUAAAUUAGAGCUGAAGUCGCAAAACGAUGAGGUGGUGGAGCUGUUGCAAUACCUGUGCUCUAAUGACGUUGACGUCAAUAUUGGCUCUAUUGUGCACACGGGUAUGCAGAACGAAAGGGGCGGUUAUGAGAACGACGUCUCAUUGAUUCGUUUGGCGGACAACCACUAUAUGCUGGUCGGGCCCACAGAACAACAGUCCCGGUGUAUAUCAUGGGUUAAAUCGCAUGACUUGGAGUCGAGUGUCGACAUCCGGGACAUAUCGGGUCAGUACACAGCCCUGUGUCUGAUGGGCCCGCUGUCCAAACAGGUGUUGAGCGAAGUGGUGGCCGACCCCUCAGAGCUCAACACCUUUCCAUUCUUCACGUACAAAGAGUUGACGAUUGGUUUGGCGCACUCCGUGCGCGUGUGUAACCUGACGCACACGGGGGAGUUGGGUUGGGUGCUGUACAUACCCAACGAGCACGCGAUGCACGUGUACGACCUGCUGGUGCGCAUUGGACAGCGCUAUGACAUGAGACACGCGGGCAGUAUUGCGAUGCGAACGCUGAGGAUCGAGAAGUUCUUCGCCUUUUGGGGCCAAGACUUGGACACAACGACUACACCUCUGGAGUGCGGCCGCAGUUUUCGCGUGAAGUUUGAAAAAGACUUUUUGGGUAAACCGGCGCUCGUUAGGCAGCGCGAGGAGGGCGUACGGCGCCGGUACGUACAGCUACUGCUCGACGGCUUCGACGACAAGUGCCAAAUCUGGCCCUGGGGUGGGGAACCCAUAUUCAUAUGCGACUCCCCGUACGAUAGUAAUGUUCCCGUAGGCCUGACCACCACCACGGGGUACGGGUUUACGUUGGGACGGCACGUGUGUUUGGGUUUUAUUAGGCAUCCCUUGAAUGAAGUGAUUUCUAACGACUUUAUACUGAAGUCUCGCUUUGAGGUGGAAAUCGGUGGCAAACGAUUCAAAGCGCGGACUAAUAUCCAUUCACCCAAACUGACGGACGUCACCGGCAGUUAUUUGGCCACCCGUUCCGGGCCUGACGUCUAAUUACAAAUAUUUUACAAUUGUGUCAACU